AUGGCGUCUCUCCCUCUCCUCCUCUCCCUCUCGCUCCUCUCCCUCCUCCCUCCGGCCCUCUCCCUCACCUGCACCUCCCAGAAGUUCACCAACAAGCUCUACGCCAACUGCUCCGACCUCCCCCAGCUCGGCGCCUACCUCCACUACACCUACAACGCCUCCAACUCCUCCCUCUCCGUCGCCUACGUCGCCUCCCCGGCGCCCGGCGGCGCCUGGGUCGCCUGGGCCAUCAACCCCGUGGCCACCGGCAUGGUCGGGUCGCAGGCCCUGAUGGCGCUCAGGAUCAGCGGCUCCGUCGUCGCCAAGACCUACAACAUCUCCGGCUACCACUCGAUCGUCGAGUCCAAGCUGUCGUUCAACGUGUGGGACCUGAGCGCCGACGAGGCCAACGGGACGAUGCGGAUCUUCGCGGCGGUGAAGGUGCCGGAGAAGGCGGCGAGCGUGAACCAAGUCUGGCAGGUCGGCGGCGCCGUCAACGGGACCCACCCGAGCAUCCACCCGCUGGACGUGGCGAACAAGGCGUCGAAGGGGACGCUCGAGCUGCAGUCCACGGGGGGAAGCCCCUCCCCCGCUCCGGGGCCGAGCAAGGGCGGAGCUCCGGCGCGUCGGGGCAAUGUGGGUCUGUUGGCGAGUGCGGUUUUGUUGAUGGGGAGCCUCACGGUACUCUAGUCGAGUGAUCCACGAUUUGGAUUUGGAUCCGGAUCCGAUGUUAUUGUCUCUGUUCAAAUUUGCAGCUAUGCUGGAGAUUUCGAUUUCAGUAUGAUCUUCUCCUAAUCUUCUUCGUUUCCUUUAUAUAGUAGUUGUUCUAGACUACGAUGAACACUCACUGAGCCAAGAAAUUACUGUCGAAUCA